UCCCCUUCACGAAGCCGGCUCGGGGGCGUACUCGCGCUGUGAAGAGGCCGGACUCUGGAGGCGCCCUCUCCGCUCCCGAAGACCAUGUACCACCCGGGCCGGCGGGCAGCGCGGCGUCUUGGCCGCUGCCUCCGUGCCUACCAGGCCCGACCCCAGGACCAGCUUUCUUCAAGGACUCUGCCAUUCCCACCCCUCCAGCCCCCCUCCACUACACCCACUGCCUCAUCUUUCUCUCUCCUCUGGUCCUCUCCUCCUCCACACCCUCUCAUCUGCUCUCUUUCCUGGCCUGCCCCACUGCCUCUCCCUCAGGUUCAGGCCCUCAACUCACCAUGGGUAGUCCUCCCUCUGAGAAAGAGGGAGGAGGUACCAGGACCUGAGUUGCACAGUGGUUGUCUGGAUGGGCUUAGGAGCCUUUUUGAAGGACCGCCCUGCCCCUAUCCUGGGGCUUUAAUCCCUUUCCAAGCCCCUGGACCUGCCCAUCCUACCCCUGCCACUCCAUCAGGAGAUGAAAGUAUGGAGGAACACCUGGCUGUCAUGUACGAGAGACUGAGACAAGAGCUUCCCAACCUCUUUCUUCACUCCCACGACUACUCUCUCUAUUCAUCCGAUGUGGAGUUCAUCAAUGAGAUCCUGCACUUGCGUACCAAAGGCCGGACAUGGUACAUUCUGUCGCUGACCCUUUGCCGCUUCCUGGCCUGGAACUAUUUUGCACAGCUUCGGGUGGAGGUUCUACAGCUGACCCGCCACCCUGAGAACUGGACUCUGCAAGCCCGCUGGCGGCUGGUAGGACUACCCAUCCACAUGCUUUUACUUCGUUUCUACAAACGUGAUAAAGAGGAGCUUUACCGGGCCUACGAUGCAUAUUCCACCUUCUACUUGAAUUCCAGUGGACUCAUUUGUCGCCAUCACUUAGACAAGCUGAUGCCUUCACACUCACCUUCAGCGCCUGUGAAGAAGCUGCUGAUGGGAGCUCUGGUGGCCCUGGGGCUGUCAGAGCCGGAGCCCAGCUUACAUGUGUGUCCCAAGGCCUGAUCCAGAACUCUGGUGGAGGCAGCACUGAAGACGCACAGAGGUGGAGGUGGCCAAGUUUCUCCCGAGCCAGCUGCCUUCCACUCUGCUCGCUCCUUCCCUUCCUCCCUUCCCAUUUCAUGCUGUGUAAAGCUGCUAUGUAAUUUAACUUGUAAAUAAUAAAGUUUAAGUGAUAUGAGGUGGAA